GUUGUGACAGUGAAGUCUAGGAAAAGGUUAUUUGAAGAUGAGAUUAUUAUUUACGCAACAAAACCAAUAAGAUCCUAAUAUAAAUCGACUUUAGUACUCAUUUUCGUGAAUUAAUAUUUACGUAAAGAAAUAUGACGUAUUGAGUUUAAUCAUUUUAUACGCUCAGUAUGCCUACUUUCCUGACACCGGGUCGGCAUGGCUAUAGUGUGCGGUUUUCUCGGACGCGGCCCGAUACUCUCGCUGUUGCCACAAGCCAGUACUACGGCUUAGCUGGUGGUGGAACUUUGUUCUUCUUGGAGCUCUCCCCUGAUGGUAGCACCUUGAUAGAGGUCCAGAAAUUAGAGUGGAGCGAUGGCCUGUUUGAUGUCACAUGGUCCGGCACAACAGAGAGUGCAGCGGCCUGUGGGGCAGGGGAUGGAGCUGUCAUAGUUUGGAGGGUUGGCUGUGCGGCUCCAUUGAGAGUCCUGAGGGCUCAUACAAGCGAAGUGUGCUCUGUGGACUGGCCGAGGUCACACCUCCUUAGUGCUAGCUGGGAUACUACAGUUAAAUUGUGGGACCCUGAAUCGGAAGCAUGCCUGAGUACAUUCGUGGGUCAUUCCCAACUGGUCUACACAGCUGCUUUCUCCCCCCACUCGCCGGCCACCUUCGCAUCAGUGUCAGGAGAUGGGCACCUCAAACUUUGGACGUGUACUGAACCUUCAAGGCCGGCCGCAGUCGUCAAAGCACACGAUGCUGAGGUGCUAUCAUGUGAUUGGAGCAGAACGGAGACACACGCGCUGGCGACCGCUGGCUCAGAUGGUCUAAUCCGAGGCUGGGACUUACGGAGACUCACCUCUCCUAUGUUUACGCUUAAAGGAUGUGAAUGUGCUGUUAGAAGGGUGCAGUUCUCACCGCACGCGCCCUCUAUAAUAGCGGCUGGCUCGUAUGACUUCACUACACGGAUAUGGGACCUGAAGCGUGGCUGCGAGCCGCUGGAGACCAUCCGCCACCACUCGGAGUUCACGUACGGGCUGGACUGGAACGCGCUGCGCCCGCACCAGGUGGCCGACUGCGGCUGGGACUCGCUCGUGCAUGUCUUCACGCCGCGCUCGCUCGCCUGAACGUAUCUCUCAUGAUUGGUUGGACCGUCUGUGAUUAAACUGAAGUGAAUGUGGAAGAGUAUCGUGCCAAACCAUUAUAGUGUUUAUUUCGAUGACAAUCAGGGUCAUAAUCGCUUGCAAGCGUUCUCACGGUGCAGGAAACGGUGUUAACAGGGAUAUCGAGGUUUUUGGUGAUAGAUGUCAUGUAUUGUAAAUUAUUGUUCGUUAUAGUGUUAAGGAUAGUUUGCCUUUGUCUAUGGAGUGUUGUAAUCUAAGAAAAAGUUUUAUUUAACCUAAAUACACAACCUAUAGUAAAGAACUAUUAAUUUAAUGAUAAUGAUCGUAGGUCACCAGUGACCGACGAAUAGAAUCAUUUGUACUCAGAUCGGUCACCGAUGACCGACGAAGGAAUUACGUUUGAAAACAUCGGUCACCAAUGCCCGACUAUCAUACUCUGAAAUCUCUCAGUAAAUAUACACAUUUGAAGACAAAGGCAAGUUUUAAAUGUGAUUAAUAGUUAUAGCUUUUAAUAUCCUAUGCAAACUGUAAAAGCUGCUUAUCGAAUGUUAGAUAAACGAAAAACCUGUACUUAAUUAUAAAGCACUAAGUACUUAAGUUAUAUAUGACACUUUAAGCAAAUAAUAUUAUUAUUAAAAUAGUCUAAAAGGUUAUCUAGCCAUCUAUCUACAAAGGAGCUUUACACUACAUUAAUUUUGAGUGGAGAGAUCUUAAAGGAAAAAAGUGGCUUCUAUUAUUCCACAAAAAUUUUGAACCUUUUUCUCUCAGCACAGAGUUCAUUAUAACAUAUACACAAUGAGUCAAAAAUGUAUCAUCCUGCCUAAUUUUUAUACCUGUUAUACUUAUAUUUCAGACCCAACCGAUUACUAUAACAAUAUGAUGAAAUCUGAUUCAAUGUAGUGCAAUACUCCCUGUAUCACUAGAUAUUUUGUUUUGUUAUAAACAAAGUAGUUUUGAAAUAUUUCAUGACAAGUAUUGACUAAUGGACAGUCCCAGUAAUCUUUAAAGAUUAUGAAUAGACCUGAAUGAAACGCCUUUGUAGGUGUGGAAGCGAGAAGGCACUACACAAUGUAGAGCGGCGUCCCUUUUCCACAUUUCCAAAAGUACUGCUUCAAGGAGUCGUAGGUUACAAAUGAUAGAAGAUUGGGAUCUGUAUUAAUUUGUUAUUGUUAUUUAACUUAUUGCAUUUUAUUUAAAGACUUUUUAAAACGUAUUAAAGUUUAUAAUCGUUUGUACUUAGUUACAUUCCGUCUUUUUUAUACCUGUUUUUAUAUUUUAACGCAAUGUAAUAUGUAUGUAAGCGGUCAAAUAUAAACCUUAUUGUGAUGUAAAUAAAGUCUAUUAAGAUUUUUAUUAUGUUAAGUAUUAAUUUGUUGCUCAUUAUUAUAACCAAUCAACUUUAUGCCGUAUUAUUAAAGACUUAAGUGCUUAUUUUGAAUGAUAUUCUAAUCUUCAUAGCACAAAAUGGCAGCUGUUUUUUUAUGUGGGUAGUUGUAGUUUAAAUUCGGUGUAUCGUCGAUUCGGGUUCUAAUACAUGUUAUUUAUUAUUGUAAAUAUCUUUUUGUAUAUUAUUUGUAUAAUUGUAUAUUCUAAAUUGUAUAUUACGCCUCGAGGGUGUUAAUCCUAUGUAUAUUGAAGCUAGUUCGUUAUGUUAUUGUAAAACUGUAUCAUUGUUUAGAAGCCCCUCAAAUAACUAACAUUUAUACAAAUGACAAUGUCGAUUGUAAUGUAAGUUCAUGAACUUAAACGUUUUAAAAUGCCUAUUUGUGUCAACAUUCCAUCUGAAAAUGACACUAUAAUACAAACACAGUAUGACGCUUAUUUUGACUGCACGGAUAGCCGAGUGGUAUAGGUCAUCACGCCAAACAAACACUGCACAACGUGUCGCGGAUUCGAUCUGCGUAGGUCAAGCAUUUGUGUGAUCCACCAAUGCUUGUUCCGAGUCUGGGUGCCUGGGCAUGUGUCACGAAGUUUGUGAAAUCUGUGUAACAAAUAUGUAUGAAAUUCCUUGGUUUGGGAGUCGUUUAUUUUAAGUGUACAUUUUGCUCAUGAUUAUGCCUAAAACUUUCAGACAUUUGGUUGUUCUAAGACCGCUAGUGAUUGUAUAAAUGUUACUUGUUUAGAUAUUAUUGGGUUCAUAAUAUUCGUAAUGGACAGAUAUUAUGCCAGAAAUUUAUGAGUAGAAAUAUUCCAAAUGAAUUUAAGAUUUGAUUUAUAGGAGUGUUUGAAAAUACUGUCAUUAGUCAACAUAUUACUCGAAGAAAAAAGUUUAUUUCCAAUUGUUUUCUUGAUGUCCUUAUCACAAUAUUCUAAUUGUAAAAUGUUCUUGCUGUAUAUGAAACGAAUCCUUUUGCUACAGAGUUUUUAUCCUAUCAAAUAAAACAGAAUAACAUUACUAAAA